GAAAUCUCGUAUUUUUGCCUUUUAAAUAAGUUUUUAUCUCUUUUAAUCUACAUAUUUAUGAAUAAAUCAGUAGUUUGUAACUUUGUCUUUCGAUUGAUGCUAGUGUUUCAAGUGUUUCAAGUGAUUCUAACCCAUUCCGAACCUAUUUUCCCAUAUUUCAUCAUCGCUCAUUGUACAAAUACCAUAAGUUGCUCAUCAUCACCUCAUCACCCAUCUUUCUCAUCAAAUAACCUACCAUCUCAAUAACUUUUACUCCAUCUUCAACUUAAUUAAUCAUAAAUCAUCUUAAUAUCUGUGUUUUCUUCAUCUUUUGUGUUUUUCUUCAUCCUUUCGUGUAUUUCUUUAUUAUUGCUCAAAUAUUAGACUCUUUCUGGGUCCUACUAGUGCUGCCACUAUGACCAGAAGAAAGAGCAACGCUUAUCAACGUAUUGUGCCGUCUGACUCAGACGCUGAAUCAUCAUCAAUACCGAACAAAUCAUCCAAAAGCGCAGAGAAUGAAGCUCAUGCAAAAUUAGAAAAUCUAUGCAUCGACCCUUCACCAAUUGCUACAUUCGAUAUCGAUAAAUGCUGUGACAUUUUGGAUCUUUUCAACAUAGGCGACAAACGUUCAACAUCACGAUAUAUCAGUAUUCUCCCAAUUCUAUCUACAACUAUCAGAGCAUUAGCUUUUACAAGUGAACAGAAAACAUUUAACUUACUUGAGGAAAUCAAACAAAACAUCAAAGAUAACAACAAACAACAACCAAUUCCUAUAAGCUACGCGCAAAUGGUACGAAAAGAACCACAACAAGUGCAAAUGAUUCCCAAACAAGAAAAGACAAUUAUCAUCAAACCAAACAACAACAUACCACCACCAACCAUAGAGUAUAAAAUCCGAGAUGUGAUUAAACAAUCUGAUCAAAAAGUUAAAAUCAACAAAAUGUUCAGCAAAAAGAACUGUGUGAUAAUUAAAGUUCCCAACAUUGAACAAGACCCACAAAGUAUAAUCGAUAAAAUCAACAAUCACGAAAUUACUAAAGAUAACUGCGAAGCUUACGCCGCAAAGAUGAGAGACCCAACCAUCCUAGUCAAAAAUGUAUCAUUGGAUACCGAUCUAGACAACAUCAAUCAAGAAAUAACAAAUUGUAACCAAGAGCUAAAUGGUCUUAAAGAUGAAAUAAAUUAUCUUUUCAAGUUGAAAUACGGCGACAACACCGCAAAAAAUAUGAAUGUAGUACUCCGAGUCAGCCCUAAAGUUUACAACAUCAUAACAAACCAAAUGCAAAACAAAAUUUAUCUUAACUUUCAAGGCUGUUAUGUACAAACAAAAAUUUUUGUAAGACAAUGUCAAAAAUGUUUUAAGUUUAAUCACAAAACAACGGAUUGUGAAAAUGCAGUCAUCUGUAAAAACUGCGGACAACAAAAAUCGAACGAUCACAACUGUUCAGAAAUCAAAUGCUGCAUUAACUGCAAAAACUCAAUUAAACAUAAAGAUAACACCACACAUUGUCCCAAUACUGAAAGCUGUCCAAUUUACAAAUUACAGAAGGAAAUACUGAACGAACAAACCCAAUACUAUCCAUAACAUGCUGUAAAUACACACAUCUUUCUUUUUCCUUAACCAUGGAUAAUAACUCAU